UGUUAGUGGUAGUACUCCACUUGUUUCAAAAUCCAUAUCUCCAUCCCCCUUUCCAUAUUUAUUAUACUCUUCUUCAUAUCAACUUACAAGUUUAGAUGAAGACUUGUCUAAUCUUCCACCGCUUAUUGACAAAGACCAUUUCUCGGAUGAUGAAGAGAAGGAAGGAAAUGUAACAUCUUUUCUACAUGCUAUAACUUCAACAACUAAACAAAAUAUAAAAAUAAAGAGAAAGCGUCGUCGUCGUCAUAACCACAAUUUAGAUUGUAAUGACAACAAUAAAUUUGUUAUUGUAAGAGAAGUAUUUAAUGUAGAAGAUAGAAUUAAUUGUAAUGAUAACAAUGAAUUUGACGAUUCAAGUGAUGAUAAUUAUACGUUGACACCAGAUUCAUUGCAUGACAUAGGAACAGAUUCUACUACGAUAACUUCAGAUUGGCCAUUUCCAUCAUCAACAACAUCUUCCUCUUCCUCAAUCAACGUUGACAAUAUUUUUACUAUUGAACAACAAGCAUCAAUGAAAAUUCCAUUCACUAUUUGGGAGGAUCCCGAAGCUGAUGAUACUUAA